AUGUCAGACUCAGCCGAACCCGAUGUUGCGCUCCCCACUGCACCAUCACCCGACGCUCCAAAGAAAACCUACGACGCAUCAUGCCACUGCGGUGCCUUCAGAUACUCUGUCGCUGUUUCACCUCCACUAGAUGACCCAAAUGCAGUUGUGAUGGAAUGCAAUUGUAGCAUCUGCGUAUGCAAUGGCUACCUCUUUGUCUACGUGCCCGACGAACUCGUCAUUUUCACCGAGGGUAGUAUUGAGCAGUUCAAAUCUUACUCUUUUGGCUUUAAAAGGAUGAAUCAUUACUUUUGCGGCACCUGUGGCGCAUCGUGCAUGGUGCGCUCCAAAGACCCUAGUUUCUUUCCUGGAAUGACUUGUGUCAACGUACGCAUGCUUCAGGGCGUAAAGCUCGAGGACUUGAAGCGCAAGCCUGGCGAUGGGAAGAACUAUUGA